AUGUAUUCAGGGUUAGAACAAGUGCAAUUUUGUAUAUGGAUGAUAUUAGCACAUGCAAGUGCCGACGUCGAGAAGAACGCAUUCAGAGUCAGUCACCUCUGCGGUAUUCCGUUGCAGCUGCAGUACAGUGACCCCGUGCGUACGCGAGGGAUGGAGACAGCGGGGAGGGAACUAGGUCAGGGCCCCCUCCUACCCACGCCCGGCACCUCACCGAUCGACCGCCAAAUUUUAACGCAUUCGCAAAGAGUUUCCUUAAAAUGUUACUCACAAGAGAACGGCCGUGCGGCGCCGGACCUGACGGCGUCGCCGGGCCGCGCGCCGCCCGGUCUGCCGCAGCCGCCGCGCGCCAAUCACGCACCUCCCUGCGUGCUGCAGCCAGACUUCCGCAAGGUAACAGCCGAAGGAGUUGAUGAGAAAUUUCAAUCGCAUAUUACAGAUCAACAGCAUUCCAAUUCUGCGGUGGAGCGCCGCGGCGAGAUGAUAGUACGAAUCCUCGAAUUGAGACAAGUGGGCCGCAACAAUAUUGAAGCCGCCAAGAAAUUUUUCUCUUUACAGGACGCACGCCACGUAGUUCAACUGGUGGAAAUAGUUAAACGUCCCGGACAGACAUUGGGUUUAUAUAUCAGGGAAGGUGAUGGAGGCGCGCGGACAGACGGUGUGUUUAUUUCGCGUAUCGCAUUGGAGUCCGCCGUCUACAAUAGUGGAUGUCUGAAGGUGGGUGACGAGAUCCUGGCAGUCAACUUGGUCGACGUGAGAAGGAUGUCGCUGGACGAUGUGGUAAUCAUUAUGUCGAUACCAAGGAGGUUACUGCUGUGCACAAGGCAAAGAAAAGGUAAAUCUGGUCCCGGUUCUCCAUCACUGCCGAGGACGGAACACAAACCUCCACCAGUAGUUGUGCUGAAGAGGGACUGUCGGGAUGAUGACGAUAUGCGUGACAUGAGGGACAGGGACAGGGAUAGAGUGGACGGACUCUAUUCACAGCAUGGAACGCUCAGAUCUGGCGGGGGACCAGGGUCGAGCGUAAGACCAGUGGGCGACGGAAGGGAGGAACGAAGCCGACUACAGCUUGGGGCUUUAUCACCAGAUUCAAAUGCACUUGAUCUAUACUAUAACCAUCGCCCCCCAUCGGAUCACUCCACUUGGAGUUAUCGGCCACCGCCUCCGGUAAUAACAGAACAACCAAAAUCACAAGCUACUCACUUUGUACCGUAUGAACGCUCUUACCCGAACACGUUGGAGAGUUUGGCGGAGAAGGUUCACUCUUUAUACCCUGCUGACAGUGGAAGUACUCGUUUCGGCGGACGCGUUCCUCGUUCUGGAUCUGAACAACAGCUUCCAAGAGCUGAGACACAUUCCGAUUUUGGUAGACACUCAUUAUUAAGAUCUAGCUUAAAAGCAUCCGCCGCAGCUGGAAGCGGAGCCAGCUUAUCAAGAUAUAAUCAACGUUUUGGUGGGGUCGGAAUGCCUGGAACUGGCCUAUCGGGAAGUGGACUUACGAGUAGUGGAUUGGGUGGAACCGGAUUAGGAGGACCCGGGUUACCUUCAGGACUUUCCUCCACAGGACUCAGUGGUUUAACGAGUUCAAGCCUGGUUGGCUCUGGGCUAACUAGUUCUGGAUUAGGAAGUGGAUUAAGCGGUACUGGUUUAGGGCCCUCGCUUAGCGGAGGUUACGGUACAACUGGGUUAGGGCUACCUUCGUAUAGUACGAAAUUCGGUACCUCGAGACGAAACCGAAGCUUGGACUAUUCGUCAGAUACAGAAGCUACAGCUCCAACACGAACUCCUUACUACUCAGGAUUGAGUGGUUACAGAAGUAGUACCCUAGGCAGAGAUAUAGGCUCAAAGUUUAAUUCACUUCCUAGAGACGUGAGAAAUACUGGGCAAAGAUUGGGUUUGAGUAGGCGUGCUGGAAGCGUUCUGCAAGAUGAACCAGAACCGUUAUCGUCACGAUUAGACUUGCGGUCUUCCAGAGGUCGACUCACAUCUUCACCUUCAGUAUUUACAUCAGACGAGUAUCGUGCGUGGUUGUCACGUGCUCCUUCAACAAGUGCUCUCUAUGAGACUCUUCGUCCUCGUUUACCAACGCAUUAUUCAGCAGAAAACAUUCAUGACGCACUUAAAAAUAUGGAAAGUGGUAGUCGCUUUGGCUCAUCGUUAGGACUAGCAAAUCGUCGAAUCGAGCGGCCGAGGCAUUUACCGGCUCGUUCACUUUCUUCCCAACAACUCGGGCCGACAGCCGGAGGAUCCCCGUCUGCUCGCCGCGUGAGGCAAUUACUAGAGUUGGGAUCGAGAUUCAACUGUCCGAAUCCAAGCCCCGUGCCUACACCAAGUUCGAGACAUCAGCGGCAUUUGGACAUCAAUCCCAAUGGUAAAAACAAUUUUUACCCUUUUUCAAAAUGCUACAACGAAAAAGAAAUAAUUCCAGAAUUCCUAAAGUAUAAAGUGGAGAAGCCGAGCACGGGAGGUCUAUCUGCGUCCAUGACUGGAUUGUCUCGUCUAUCUGGCGGAGUAUCGGGGCUGUUGUGGGUUCACCUGCUAGCGGGGCGGGGGCUCCGGCCGGCGCCAUCGGGUUCGUCUCCGGGGUCUCCACCUUCUGGACCGCUGGCACCUGCGCAGGCACCGGUAACGCCGAGAGACUUAUAUUGUGUCUUGGAAUGUGAUCGGGUGCAUAAAGCUCGGACUGUGGUUCGCACGGGAGAGUUACAAUUUGAUUGGGACGAAUCAUUUGAGCUGGAGCUGGUCGACAACAGGCAAUUGGAUGUGCUGGUUUACUCUUGGGAUCCACAACAUCGACAUAAAUUGUGUUACCGAGGCGCUGUUACCUUGCCAGAUCUACUUUCGCGUUCUUCGUCACACCAGCUCGCUAUUAAAAUGGAACCUCGGGGCACUCUUUACGUACGUUUUCGUCACACGGAACCACACGAGUUAUUCCGAAGGCGGCCAGCGCCAACUCGAAUAUCUCCUCCGCCAUUAUUCGGUGCUGAACUUGAUACUGUCGUAGCGAGAGAAGUUCGACCACCCCACGCACCACCAGUGCCGUUAAUAGUGCGACGGUGUGUCGAAGAAAUCGAAAGGCGAGGGUUGGAUAUAAUUGGUCUUUACCGAUUGUGUGGCUCCGCAAGUAAAAAGCGUAUACUACGCGAAGCGUUCGAAAGGAACGCGCGAGGCGUGGAAUUGACUCCUGACUCGGUGCCUGAUAUUAACGUGAUAACCGGGCUGUUGAAAGAUUAUCUGAGAGAGUUGCCGCAACCGUUGUUCAGCCGUUGUCUAUACCAAAUGACGUUGGAUGCUCUAGGAGUUUGUCUCCCUGACGAUAGAGAAGGCAACGCACGACUGAUGGCAUCCAUAGUGGAAUGUCUGCCUCGCGCCGCUCGCGCAACACUCGUCUUCCUUCUCGAACAUUUAGCGUUAGUUGUCGCUGCACAAGACCGCAACAAAAUGUCGCCGCAACAUCUCGCUGUUGCGUUAGCGCCGCCGCUGAUGUUGCACUCCCAGCCACCGACUGAUUUAGAUUACCAGAGGCCAAUACAUGUUCUGCAAUGUUUACUACAGAUUUGGCCUGCACCUAAACGUUCAGUUCGGCGCGGCGAGCCAGCAAUCGGGCCGCGUGGAAGCAAAGUCAGUGCGUCGCCAGUGGCCUCAGCCACCCUCCCCCAAGGCCGAGUUCCGCCCUCAGUCAGUCCAUAUCGGCCUCAAGUGGCAGCAUUAGCAGCAUCUCCGCCGCCAGCUCUCUCGGGUCGGCCCGUGCCAGACCGCUCGCCGCCCGCACAUGUUCUCUCAUCAGUCAGGGGAGGCCCAUAUCGUCCGCAGUCGCCUCUCCGCGGGCCACUGCCCGCUCCUCCUCGCUCCCGUCAAGUGACGGUCUCCUCGCCAGGCUCGCCCAGCAGUAGCUCGGGGAGCCACAGCCCCGCCGAUACCAUCAAACAUACCGGCUCGGUGUCCUCCAUACUGCGUCAGCCGGACCGAGCCGCGUCACCGCGUACCGCGUCACGGAACGGCUCUCCGCGCCACUCCCCGCGGCAUUCACCGCGAGACUCGCCGCGCUCGCACACACCCCGUGAGUCCACACCGCGGGAGAACACCACCCGUGAGUCCACACCUAGAGAAAUGACGCCGCGUGAGUCCAGCCCGCGAGAGUUGACGCCGCGCGACUCGCCCCGUACCGCCAUCCCCGGCACCUCGGCCGGACUAGCGGUCACUCUCAACUCGUCGGGUGCGCUAAGUCCACGCUACAAUUCUACCAACCCGUUCCUGCAGCAGUACGACGCGGAGGAGGAGGCGGAGGCUUGGCGAGCCGCCGACAUAUUCUCCUCGCCCUCCACGCACACAUAG